AUGGCUGCCCCAAUCUCUGGCUCGGAGUGUUUUUUGGAACCCGCAAAUGAGGCAAGAGAGGAAGGCGCGGUAGUAGUUCAAACCACGAAAACCGCGAGUCAAGCACGUGCCGAUGAGGAGGAGGUCACAUUCAAACACUUCCCGAAAUUGCCCGCCGAACUUCGCCUAAGAAUCUGGAAGGUCUUCUCGCCGCUUUCAACCAUCCACCUUAUCGAAUUUAAACACCUGUAUUCGUAUUUCAUACGUGCUCCCGAGUCGAACGAAUGGAUGCUCCGUGUCCCCGAACAGGAUACCACUUUGCUUGGAAUCUGGCGGGAAACCCGAUACGAAGCUACCAAGCACUACCGUAUGAUCCAGGGGCAUGGUGACGGAAUACUACAAGCUUUUCGCCCUGUCCGCAAAUGCGCCUUGGUCUUUCGUUAUCGUACCAUCUUUCGAUCCCCCACUCGUUUUUCAAACUGGUUCAACGCGCAUAUUGACGAAGUCAUUGGCAGUGUCAAGCAUAUGGUACUCGAGCAGAAGAAGUCUGAAGGGUCUUUGUUUAACCUUGAUGCUGAUUUUGUGGACAAGAGAUUUGCAAAUGUGGAUUGGAGACGCUUGAGCUGUCUGGAGUCCCUUGACAUUGCAUACCUGUACAGUACUAGGCAACUGCUAUUGGCCAUUUAA